CCACGAAUAAACUCCGACCAACUCUCGCCCUCCUUCACUGCCUCUUCAGCCACUGCUCUCCUCAACGACCGUCAUCCUCCUGUUGGUUUUGGAAGAGGUGCUCCUCCUCUGCACAGCGCCCGUCUGUUCAGCGCUAUUGUUAGUCAACAGUCUGUCACUGAUCCAGCAACUCUGUCUGCAGCCAUGAGUGACCUCGAGAAAUGCAUGGAGCACUUGAUCGUCAUCUUUCACCGCUACACCGUAGAUGGUGACGGGAAGUCUCUGGGCAAAAAGCAACUGAAGAAGCUGCUGGAACAUGAACUGCCCACUUUCUUAAAAAGCCAGAAGAACCCUCACUUGGUGGACUGCAUCAUGAAAGACCUGGAUUUAAACAAGGACGACAGGUUGGACUUUGAGGAGUUUCUGCCACUAGUGGCCGGGCUGUCGAUGGCCUGUGAGAAGUGUUACGUGACCAAGGAGAAGAAGACCAAGCAGUAGUGGAUUUUACUUUCUGAGUUUGUUUUUAUAACUGUAGCUCAGCUAUGGACGAGUAAAAAUAUCUUUAACACCA